AGGUAACCAGUCAGUCCGUGAGGCAACCAAUCAGCUACUGGUUAAAAUUUGUAGUGAGCACAGAAGUUUGUCAGGGAGAGCUGGACUGGUUUAUCUGUUAGAAUAAGUCAGUAACAGAAAAGACAGUGAACUAGCCAGUUGUUCAGUUAGUUAGUGAGAUACUUAGUAGGUUGGUCAUUUAGAUAGUCUUUUAGUCUUUGGUUAGUUGGUCAACUAGUCACUUAAGCAGUUUAUAAGUUAGUCAGUCAGAUGUUUAGUUCGUCAUUUAGUCAGUCAUUUGGGUAUUAGCCCGAUCAGUUAGUGAGUUUGUCAGUUGGGAAGUUUAUCAGUUGUACUAAGUUAACUCUGGUUGGUAAUUUAAUUGGUAAGUCUUUUAUUCAGGCAGGUAUUUGGUCAGCAGGUUAACUGUCAAGACAGAGCUGUGAAACUAGUCAUCCAUCUAUCCCUCCAGCCAGGCAGUGAGUCAGGUGGUCGGUGAGGGGAGUGGCUCUUUCCUCUGCUGCCUCCAGCUGAAUGCAAGUCAGUUAUCCAGUUAUCCAGCCUCCCGCUCGGUCGCUCCGUCAGUCAGUCAAUCAGUCGGUGUAGAUGCAGGGCUGCUGGUUAGCUGCUCUGGACGGCUCGUAUCUCCCUCAGGAUCUCACACUGUUGAAUCAGCUGAGGAGCCACCGAGAGGUUCAUUGCGGUCAUCACUAUGACUGAUGGGGAUUAUGACUACCUUAUAAAACUCCUUGCCCUGGGGGACUCCGGUGUGGGGAAGACUACCUUCCUGUACCGAUACACAGACAACAAGUUCAACCCCAAGUUCAUCACCACAGUCGGCAUCGACUUCAGGGAAAAGAGAGUGGUGUACACAACGUCCAACCCCAAUGGGGCGACCACAGGGAAAACCUUCAAGGUUCACCUUCAGCUCUGGGACACAGCUGGACAGGAGAGGUUCCGCAGCCUGACAACGGCGUUCUUCAGGGACGCCAUGGGGUUCCUGCUGAUGUUUGAUCUCACCAGCCAGCAGAGCUUCCUCAAUGUCAGAAACUGGAUGAGCCAGCUACAGGCCAAUGCCUAUUGCGAGAAUCCAGAUAUUGUGUUGGUAGGAAACAAGGCGGACCUGGCCGACCAGAGGGAGGUCCAGGAGAAACAGGCCAAGGAGCUGGCUGAUAAAUACGGGAUCCCGUACUUCGAGACGAGUGCAGCGACAGGAGCAGAGGUGGACAAGGCGGUGAUAACGCUGUUGGACCUGGUCAUGAAGAGGAUGGAGCAGUGCGUCGAAAAACCACCCGCUGAACCAGCCAAUGGGAACGGCGCCACGAAGCUUGGCGAUGCUCAGCCGAACGAGAAGAAAUGUGCAUGCUAGAUCAAGAAGGAAAUGACCAGUCAACGCUCCUCUGUCGUCUGUCCUUUCUACUCGCCACAUACCCUCCUUCUUUUACCUUCUCCUUCUGCCAUCUUUGAUUGCAUGUUUUUUCCAUAUUCUUUCCUUUCUAAGACACACCAUCCUCUGCUCCUCUUUUCUUUGUCUCCUGUCCUUUAUUCUUCCUCCCAAACUGUCUGCCACCCUGGCAAUGAAACAACCCUGUCUCCCUCUAGUGGAUAUCCAAGGUAAUACAGUCCUCAGCCUGUCUGCCUUUGAGCUCUGUUUGGGUGGAAAUUAAAACAGGAGGGGACAGUUUCAUCACUGUCAGACACAUAAUGUGCCUCGUCUAGAACUUGCAGUCUGGGAAUUAAGCUCUGCAUGCUCCCAGUCUGUCUGCUCACAAGUGGUUUAAAUGAGUUUAAUGGAUCUAAACAGGCAGAAAGAUGUUGGAAACUUUAAUCUGAACUCUUAGAUGUCUAAUCAGUUCAUCACUUGGUAACAGGGCAAAGGUUUUGCCUCCUGUUUAAGGUGUCACUUGAUGACUGGGCCACAGAGAAUUUAGCAUCAGGCUGUAUAUAUGUGUAAAUGAAGUCAUGGUCCUCUCCUGAAACUUUUCCUCCUGGACCAGGGUGAGCAGCUGUGUGGUUUUGUUUUAUUUUUAUUCCUGCUUCACACUUUGAUGCUGUACCCAUAUUAGCCACAAGCAGUUUUUUCUGGGCGUUUGCUUAAAAUGCACCAAAUUGUGUUUAAGAUAGUUGGCUGUGGUGUCAUGUCAGAAGUCUUUGACACCUGAGUGAUGCCAAAAACACACCAAGCACUGACGAAGUGAGGCCUGGGGCGAGCUGCCAAGCAGUCGACAUGGAAAGCCGAGCGCAGCCAAACUAAAAGUUGGGGAUAGUUUAACUUUAAGCGACGAAUUGCAGCUAGUAAGUCUUGUCUUGUAAUUAUUGCAUUCAGCCACACUUUGCCGCUGUUUGGUGUGCUUUUUGGCUUGACAUUGGCAUUUGUUAAGCUCAUGUCAGCUUGUUAGCCUCUAUAGCUUUAGGGUAUGUAAUAACAGCUUAAUCCACAAUGAGCUGUGCAGAUAAAUAUUGGGCUUGUGUAACACUUCAUAUCAGUAACAGUAAAUAAAAAUACACUACAUAGAGAUACCUCCAACACAAAGCUAAAGAGGUUAAACAGCCUCAGUGGAGUGUGUUAUUUCUCAUAAGCAAACAAUCAGAGUAGAUUGUUCUGCCUCUGGCCACUUGCUGGUGAUUAUUAUGUAUGGCAGUAUUAUGAAUUCAUAUUUUGGAUCAGUACUCUGAAUAUAUUUGUGUUGGCUCAUUUGUAAAGCAACCUUGAAAUAAAUGUUAAUACGACAAGCUCAGUUAACUGCAGGAACUCUGCUUCUGUCUCCCAGUGGUCUCACUCGUGGUAUUGCUAAGAAAAAAAAACCCUGUGGCAAAAAAAGCACUUAACACAUAGACCACCAUUAUAAAAGAGACAUCUGACUGCAAACAAAGUCAAAUAUGACUCCUUCUAUUUUGAAUUUUUGAUCCAUAGAGGUUUUAUAUUUGUAAAACUUUUCUUGAGCUGAGAAAAGCAAUUUAAAAAUCUGUGACGUCAUCACAAUGUAAAGUCUUUGAGCCAAGAGGGAACUCACAGAGCCAGUGGGAGAACUGGCACUACUGUGCGUUUUCAGUGGGCCGCAUACCUUGGAGUUAAACCAGGGAGGUAGAAACUUUUUUUGACGUAUGUGCCAGGCAAGUACCAUUGGAAUGAAUAGGCACAAUCUUGGCGUGCGGUAUCUAGUUUUUAUCAUACAUCUAUGGCUUCAUUGACUUCCUGUUUGCACAUCUGAUUAACAGCUGAUGAAGCUAGCCAGAAGCUAACAUAGGGUAUCAUUGCUCGGCAAGCUCCUAGGAGCAGCGCCGGGCUCUGAAGCCAGUUUUACAUGGUGGCCAAACCGUAGAAUUACAACUUCCGAGUUCAUCAUGUGGGCCCCAAAAGACUUCUCCCAAUAGACUCACAUUGGGAGAGUGAUGCCUGUAAAUCAGUGGAUACAUUUCUUUUUUUGAAGCAUCACAACCGGUGCAAAAUGACUCCUUUCAUUAUCGGGAUUUGGUCCUUUCAGUCUGAAAGCAUUUCGAAAGUCUAGAAGGACCGUACGAAUAAAUAAUUUUAUCCCGAAUCAAGUUAGCAGAGUGCUGAAAUGGAAGUCUAUAGUGCGGCUGCUGUAUGGGCCCAGCAAUGCAGAAGCAUAGUGUAAGAUCUGGGUAAUUUUACACACUAAAGUCAAACUUUUUUGGCUUCAUGCACAAAUUAACUGGACCCCACCUGUGACUCUAUAUCCACUUUUCUUUAUACAUCCAUGGUGCCUGACAGUGUUCGCAGUGGCUACAAGCAUCAUGCUUAAUUAACCCUUUAAAACCUUGAGCAAAUAGGCUUGGUUCCUUUUAAAAACCUGAGAAGAAGGCAAUGAGCGAUGACAGAAGAAAUGACCAAAAAAAUUAGCAAGAAUUUAGUAAAAAAGAGAAAAUUAGUAAAAAAUGAAAUAAAAUAAAGGAAACAAGAAAGACACAAGGAAAUUACCUGGAAAAAGAGCUUAAAAAUUAUAAUAAUUCUGUAACAUAAUUUUAAUUAAAUAAUAAAUUAUACAACAAUGAUAAUUAUAAAUGUAGUCAUUCCCUUUUUUAAGAAAUAAUUUUCUAAAUCUAUUAAUUUUUUGCAACUUGUGGAACAUUUCUUACCAAGUUGCUUACUGCCUUUUUCCCAUGUUUUUGAAAGAAAUUGCACCAAUUUGCUUGGAAUUAAAUAGUUAAAUACUUCCGUAAGGCGUCUAGAGCAGCAAAAGAAAAGUGAUGUUGCUCCACGUUUCGAAGGGUUAACAAAAGCACCUGAUGAGUGUUUCAGAGUAAAAUUAUUUUGCAGUAUCAGAAGACAUUAAAAAGAGAAAAAGUUAUCAGUCUUCUCACCUCACUACCAGCAUCUUAUCCAGGCUAGCUACGAACUAGGUGGGUGUGGCCGUUAAGUUGUUGCUUUCUAUGCCGAUGAUUCAAGUUUUCUUUGAAUUCUGUGUUUCUAUCUGACUUUUGAUGCCAGAACAAUAGCAUGUGGUUCGUUUAGCUAAUGUCACACCCUGCUGUGCUACAGGACUGCCAUAUGAUUGAUCAGAAAUAGCAUUGUUUGGAUACUUGGACACACAACUGCUGUCUGUUUGCAGCCCUGUUAUUUAUACUUUGCGUUUGCACAGCUAACUCUUCCAUUAGACCUCCAUGAUGGCGUCAGACUUGCAGGUAAUAUACCAUUCAUAUUGUAGGUGACGAAUAUGGGUACAGCAUGGCAAAUGUGAAGCGGAGAAACAAAAAAAACUGUAUGUCAUGAAUAGAGUGUCCUUGACCAGGAUAGAGAUAUUGUUCCAAACUGAUCUACUGCCUUGGCUUUUAAAGCGUUAUUCCACUGAUGCAGAACAGACUUUGAUCUCUGUGGGAGUUUGAGAUAAGUCAGCUAAAUAUAUCAGCUGCUCUGGGGAAGCAGUGUUACUCUGAUUAGCUAACAUUUACAGAACAUGAAAUAAUAGUAAAAUGGUAUAUAAGUCAACAUAAAUGAAUGUAUGAGGGGGGAGGAUGAUUAUAUCUAAUCAGCAUCAUUACGCUUAUUGCGGGGAGACGUUAGCUUUUCAGAGCAGCUGUGGCUCUCUCAUCUCUUUAUAACAGAUAAUCGGACAAAGUGAAAUAUCGCUUCAAGGCCCCAUACAUGACCAAUGUUGUUAGAAUAUAAAGUGACCAAUUAUUUAUAUUAAAAGAAAUGUAAAACAUAGAUUAUUAUUGUCAAUUUUUUGUCAUAUCCUUCACAUCUCACACAGUUUUUUUUUCUUUUCAUGUUCAUCAAGAUUUGUUGGUUGGUUUGUUUGUUUUUUCAUUGCUGUAGUGCUCUUAAGCUUGGUUGUCAAAUUAACCCAAAAAUUACCAAUUUAUUAACAAAAUGAAGAAAAUACACUAUUAUAAACUCUUGAAGAAGUAUAGUAAAAGUUGUUAUGAAGACUUUUUUUGUUUCAACACUUGAAGUAACUGUGGACCAAGUUGUUGUGUUUUGUUGCUUAAGACUUUAUUGUUUUUUCAUUGCGUACCGGACCAUUUAACAGUUGCUGUGCAGAAAACCAGAGAGUGGUUAGUAUUGUUGCCUCACUGCAAGAGGUUUCUGGGUUUAAACCUACUGUUCGUCCUGGGCCCUUAUGUCUGGGGUUUGCAUGUUCUCCCCAUGUUGGUGUGGGUUUUCUACGGGUGGUUAGGCUUCCUCGCACAGUCCAAAGACAUGCAGGUUAGGUCGAUUUGGGAUUUUAAAUUGCCCUCGUGUGAAUAUGAGUGUGAAUCGUUGUCUGUCUCUAAAGCCCCAUUUCCACCAAACUCUUUUGGUUUGGUACCUUUGGAUCCAAAAGUAACCCUUCAGACAUGGUACCUACACCCUAGUGUUUCCACUGCAAACAGUACUCUUAAAUGUGGGCGGGGUUGUUGUCACUCACUGCUCCAUCCAGCACUCACUGUAUUUCGUCAUUAUCAGUGACACAGAUGGAAGUCUACACCUUGUUUAUCGUCCACAGAAUGAGGCUGCACGCUGACAUUUUCUGAACAAAAUAAAACAGGCUGCAGUGAGAGUCUCUCUCCAAGGGAUGUUUGUGCAUUUAGUCCUUCUCAAGCAAGCUUGGGGGUUUAGUGUUGCCGGAGCCCACAGGAAUGACGCUCUGCAAGGCUUUUUUUUCCCUCCAAGUUAUUUUUCUCUCCGACUCCAGCUGCUGCAAGAGGCAGCAAAACAUCCUUUUAUUUUAUAGUUACAGUUUACUAAUAAAACUCUCCACAGUAUGAACAGUGCUUACAUGAGCCUCAAAACCAGCCACAACUCAGUCCUGAGCAGAGUGACUGUCCUCUAUUGACCAAUCAACAGACUGCAGUGUUCACAGCUCCACCUUUUAGUACCAGAUCUGUGUGCUAGGUACCCCAACAGAGGGGGGACCAAAAAUGGGGACGGUACGGAACGGUUCCAUUGGUACCAUCCACAACUUUUCACAGUGGAAACGGAGAAAAAAGCGUAUCGAUCUGAACUGAACCAUACAGCUCGGUGGAAACGGGGCUUUUGUGUCAUCCCUGUGAUAGCCUGGCAACUUGUCCAGGGUGUACCCCACCUCUUGGUCAGUGUCCACUGGGAUCGGCUUCAGUGCCCCCGCGACCCUGUAAAGGAUAAGUGGUGACAGAUAAUGGAUGGAUAGAUGGACGAACAGAAAACCUUAUGAAAUCACAGCAUAUUGAAACAAAAUUCUAUUGAGUUCAGUUUAAAAGGCUGCGUGUUUUGUACCAUGACGCUACGCUUGAGCACAAUGUGCAACAUUCGUCUUUAGAAGCCAGUUGAUUUAAAUUUGCAAAAAAAAUCCUACUCAUUAAAAUGUCAAAAAUCUUAAAGCUUAAAGUCCGAUGUGAUCUCUUUGUUUGUAGUGCAACUCAACAGUUUUCCUUUCAUAGUGUAAUACCUUGAUCUGCCUUACUUCAUAAAAAAAAUCUUGAGCCCAGUUGAGGUGCACCAGAAACAAGGGAAAUGAUCUUUUUGCUUGCCACCUGCUGGCAGCUAAAUCCUUAUUCUGUCCUUUAGUGAGCCAAAGGGAGGUGUUACAUAGCAGUCCCAACUCACAGCUGCAUAAUAGAAGGAUUACUGCAGGUUGGUUUUCAAAGUGUACUGAAACCAGGGGCUGCCAAAUGGGUCUGCAGUCAUGUUUAGUAUACUGUAAGUGUGGCUUAUUAAUGGCAAAACACAUUAUAACAUUUAGAAUGUUAGCAUUCGACUAAAUUACUUUUUUAUCAGUAAUAUUUUCAGUAUUGUGCUCGCUGGAUUUAUCAACAAAAAAAAAAUAAUCUGAGGUUAAAGUGUUGUAGAGCUUUGGCUUUAGCUCAUUGUCACCUGUAUUUAAUCUACCAGUGUGCCAAAUAAAAAAAGGAAACACUACAAACAAGCGUUUGUUUUCGACAAACCUGAACCUCAUUCACACAGAGUAAAACUGCCUUCACAAGUAGAAAAAUGUUUUUAUUUUGUGUGGGGCUUUUUGUCACCUGCCAACAUUUGAUCUCAGUGCCAUAUUUAACAAUCACUGCUGUUUGAUUUUAGUUUUAUUAAAAUAUGAAUUUGCUGACGGUAAAGACAUAAAGAGCUGGCUCACAUUAUAACCUUCUCUCCCAGAUACUAAGCAGCAUAAUUGCUGAGAGAUCCCCAGAAAUGCUGUAUCAUAGGUUUGGUUUUGUUUGCUUAUUUCAGCUUGUUAUCUGCCAUUUUUGUUUUUCAUGUUGGUCUUAAAAAAAUUUAUUUAAUCAUAAUGUACAGGUUACAUAUUUCUAAACACUUGCUGUACAGAAACAGCUUAGUUUAAUCCUCUUACCACAGGUUUUAUUUUUAUUAUGUUUGCUUCCUUUGCUCCAACUUAAUUCAUUAAGAAAGUCCUGUGAACAGUUAAGCAAGUGGUAUUUCAGUAGAAUUGUAUCUUUAAGACUUAGGGCCCUGAAACACCAAACUAUUAGUUAAUGUUGGGUCAUCAAGGAAAGUCUGUCGCCCUAGUUUUUGUGGUAUGUCCCGUGUCGUUGCCACUAGUAGCUCCUUGUCGGCUGUUUCUCUGCUGAUUAAGCAUGUUGAAUCAGUGACGGGCCUGGCUUAGCCCACCAAGGAGUGAAAUAACUCUGAUUGGCAGUUCAGCUCAGUGCACGAGAAGAAAAACAGAAGUGAGGAAAGUAAACAAAAAAGUAAAAUCAAGAGGGCUCUUUAGCAGAAAAGGUUUGUUAUUGUGUUAUUGAUCACUAGUGCAGAGUAAAUAUAAUUUGUUCUUUGGACAUCGGGUUGUGAUGAUCUUCCGCUUUCCCUUUUUGGGCCACUAAUACAGACUGCCACCUGCUGGUAUGGAGAGUUAUUUCUUCUCACACAGGCACAGAGCAUACGUUCUAGUUGGCCAUUGGCUGUGGUCUUGGUGGUGUGUUCAAGUACAACUUUUUGAUCAAGACACAGGCAUUGUGAGGUGUGCGACAGUCAGCCUUUGUUGCCACUAGUUCUUGGCCAUAGUUCGGGGUGUCUGGGCCUUUAGAUUUUAAAGAUACAGAAGUUAAAGCAGCAGUACUGAAACUGUUUGUUUUUUUACCACUUGGGGGCAGCAGAACAAGCUGAAAAUGCAGCAUUGACAUAGUAUCACCUUACAAAGUUGUUAUGCAUUUUCAUCCCAUUAGAGGUUUGAGUGCUUCUGAUAAAUCUAAGUCCAAUGUUCACUCCCUCCUUUUAGCUCUGUUUUGGUCUCCACCAACUCCUGAGAAAAAUGUCUGGCAUUUUAGCUACUGGAUAUUCCACUCAUGUCGCCAGCUAGUUGCUAACUUUGUCUGUCUGUUGGUGCUGGACAGAUAGUGAACAGCGGGUUUAUAAAAGCUUAUUUGCUGCUAGAGAGGGGUUUGAUGAGACUGAACCAUACAUUAAAUGUGCAGUAAAACCAAAACAGUAAGCUAAAAGAAGCUAAAACGCUCUGUACCCUGCAGCAUAAUUUUUAUUAUCAUGUUCACCUUCACAUUACACAAUCCAUUAUUACUAUGUGCAGGUUUAUUUCCCAUACAUGUUGUUAAAGUCUUAAAGCUUAAAAAAUGUUGAUUUCAUUAAAGCCACUAAUCAGGUGUGUAACUUUUUCUCAGUUUCUGAAAAGUUUCCAUGUUUUUGGUAAAAGUUUGUUGACCCCAUUAAUGUACUAGUCUGUAAACAUAAUGCAGCUUUAUUGACCAAAGUGACUGGCAACUAAUUCAUUCAUUCUAAUUAAUCAUAAAAAAAGUAUGAAUUCUUUGAGAUCUGGAUGACCCCUCCGAUCAAAUAAAGCAAGAACACAAAAUUAAUCCCAAAAAAAGCAUCAACAGCAUCAAGUUAACAGUGGUUUUUAUACUGUGUGAGACUUUGAGGCUGCAGUUCAGGUAGUAAAACAAUUACGUUCUAUGUCUUUUCCUAAGCACUCUUCCUUGACCUCAAUAGAAAACGCCAUGAGGUCAAGGUAAGAUGUGAACGAGAAUCCAUCUGCCCUUACAGUAGGCUACGUAACUAUGUGACGGCAGAUGUUAUUGACGCAGGUCACUUUAAAUGUUGCUGCCUCAAGGUCUUGGACAGCAUUAUGUCCUUUCCUUUUCUGUAGGAUGGUCCAGUGUACCCUAUGCUAAAGGAGAAGAAAGAAAGCAUUGAAGCACCUUUCUUACGUAUUUAGAGAACUUGACAAGCACUUGACCAGCCCAGUCACUAGAAGAAAAUGUUGGCAUUGUAGGAGAUGGUGAAUGACGUCAACUAAGCAAGAUGCUUCUGUAGACCACUGUUUGAAACCAACAAACACUGAACCUGGGUGUUUUGAUGGCACAUUGUAGCAUUUCCCAGUUGCGUCAGAGCCACUGAAUCUCAAGGUUUUUCACCGACACAUUCUAGUGUUUCCCAGUGAUGUUUGUGGUAUUGGAGCUUGGUAUUUUUUACCAACACCAUGCUGCUUUUGAGCCACCAAACCUGGGUGUCUCUCACCAACACACUGCGGCAUUUCUCGGCAGUAUUUGUGGCACUGAAUCUGGAUGGUUUUCACCAACACAUUGUGGUGUUUGAGCUACUAAAUCUGGGUGUUCUCACGACACAUUACAGUGUUUCCCAACUGCAUUUGUGGCACUGAACCUGGGUGUUGUUCACCGACACAUUGCGGCAUUUCCCGGCAGCAUUUGUGGCAACGAACCUAGGUGUUUUUCACUGAGACAUUGUGGCAUUUGAGCUACUGAACAUGGGUGUUCUCACUGAAACAUCACAGUGUUUCCCAGCACCGUUUUAGCCACUGAACCUGGGUGUUUUAACCGACACAUCACAGUGUUUCCCAGCUGCAUUCGUGGCACUGAACCUGGGUGUUUUUCACCGGCACAUUGCGGCAUUUCCCGGCAGCAUUUGUGGUAACAAACCUGGGUGUUUUCCACUGACACAUUGUGGCGUUGAAGAGACUGAACAUGGGUGUUCUCACCGAAACAUCACAGUGUUUCCCAGCACUGUUUUAGCUACUGAACCUGGGUGUUUCUCUCUGGCAUAUAGAUGCAUUUCCCAGCAGCAUUUGGGCCACCAAACCUGGGUGUUUUUUAGCCAACACAUUGUGGCGUUUCCAAGUGGCAUUUUUGCCGCCAAACCUGGGUGUAUUUCAGUCACCUGUCCCUGCUUUUCCAGUGGCUUUUGUGCCAUGGAUACUCUAAGCCAAAAGAUGAUCUUAACCAAGUAGUUUGUGCCUAAACCUAGCAACACCUUCACCACACUGUUGUUGAUAAAGGUAAAGUUUCAACAUAUCGGCUACAAAACAAUUUACACAUGUAAUGUAUCUGUGGUUUUCAGAAAUGUCAGUGUGUUUCUGCAAUUUGGUCGUAGAUACUCGACUGUCCUUUCAAUCAGUUCGGAGCCUUCCUAAGUAAAGAAGACUAUUGACUGCAGCCCGAGUCCAGAUACCAGUGCACCUCACUUCUAGAUAGCCAACCAUUUUCCUUAACAUACUGAACCAAUGCCUUUUAUUGUGACAAUCUUCCCAACCAAUUCGUCAGCUUUUAUCUGAACCUUUCCUGUUAUGUUGCUCAUCAUGUUUUAAUUUCAUUUUAAAUAUUUUUUUUGUCCUCUGAUGCCUUUCUGCUUAAAUUCAGUUAUGCCACACGUCAGGUGUAUCUGACAUGUACUGAUAAUACAUUUAUUCUCUCUUGUCUCGAAUCAUGUUUUUCUUCUAACAUCUCUUCCAUAAAUCUUAAAUGGUUUUUGGUAGUUUUUGAAUUCACUUUGAAAGUUUACACUGUUUGAAGAGUCAUGUUGUGCCUGUUAUUAACUUUUCUGUCUGAUCCUACAGUUUGUGAGCUACUGAAUAUUUUCAUGCAUUAUUGAUUACAAAACAGAGGCAAAAGAGACCUGAAGUCAUGAUGUUUUUGUGCCCAAUUAUAUCAAAACAACUAAUCAAUCCAAGUACCUCUAAGAGCUUUUAUUUUUGGAAAUCCUCUGUGUGAAUUCUCUCUGAUGCCUGCGGUUUGUACACGUUUCUUCAGUUUUCACUGCGUGUAUUGAUGCCUGUGUGUGUUUGUUGGGUUCGUUGCACCGUCAGCAUGUUUGACACAAUGAGAAUGAACUGACCUGUGAUGCGUUUAAUGUUUAUGAUGUCAGAGCUGCAAAUAAAUCUCUGUGUUUGUUUUA